AUGAAGACUAAGCAACUCAUUAACACAGCAGUUGGUGGCUCAACCAACUUUAGAACAGCCACUGGUAUUAAAAAGAUUAUCGAAGCCAUUGCAGCCAAUGAGCACCUGGAGUUGUAUAACCGCAGUGUUAGUCAACCCGAAGGGAUAAUUGACCUGAAAUUGGCAAGUCAAGUGGUGAAGAUGGAAGAUCAAAUAGCAGCUGAAGUAGAAAGGAGACUGAAGAAGAUGGCUAUUGAUACCCAAACUGUGGCACAGGUUCAACAGGUUCAACCAACUCAAGCUAGUAAUUGCGAAAUUUGUGGAGGACCUCAUCUUACCGCACAUUGCGUUGCAACCGCACAACAAAUUGAGGAGAUCAAGUUUCUCAGGCAGAACAACCCUUAUUCAAAUACAUACAUCCGGGUUGGAAAAACCAUCCAAAUUUCUCAUGGAAGGAUCAACAAGGAAAUGUGCAGAACCAACCACAGCAACAACAAUUUCGACCUCAUCAACAACAACCGUAUCAACAACCUCAACAACAGUUUCAGCAACAGGUACCAAGAAAAGCUGAUUGGGAGCUUGCCAUUGAGAAGAUGGCCACUCAAAGCUCUCAAUUUCAAGAAGAGACUCGAAGGCGUUUUACCAAGUUCUACGGUUACUAAUCCAAGAGAAAAUAAUCAUGUGAAUGCGGUGACCACAAGGAAUGGUAAGUCGAAAGAAGUACCUGAGAAGAGUUCUGAAGAAGAAGACUUAUUGCUUGAAGUUGAUCUAGAGAUAAAAGAAAAUGAGGUUGCAAAUGAAGAGGUUACUAGUGAUGAAAGAGUGGUCAAAGAUAAAGUAAUUGAUCCAAAACCGGUCGUCAAACUGUCAUUCCCAACAAGAAAUAAGAAGAAAGAGCAGCAUGAGAAAAACUUUGAGAAGUUCUUGGAGAUGUUUAAAAAGCUUGAGCUAAACAUUCCGUUCUUGGAGGCGCUUGAGCAAAUGCCUACCUACGCAAAGUUCAUGAAAGACAUCAUCUCGAAGAAGUGGACCAUAGAGACUAACCCUAUUAUUCUAACGGAAACUUGUAGUGCCAUUUUGCAGGUAUGA